AGCCACCAUCCACAUUCCACAACUUCGGCUUCGCUCUGCAUCCAUCCAUUCUCCAACGUACUGCCGGUUCGUUAGUAGCCGACCCAUCACAGUUCGCGCGUCCGUCCAUGACGAAGCACCAGAGGCCAGCAGCAGACCAGGUUCUGUCGCUCUCGCUCUCGCUCUCCCUCGGCGCCGUUGCCGACCGCAGCAGCAAGAAGAUGCGCCGCGCCGGCGCCGUCGGUGGGGAUGAGUUCGUGUGCAAGACGUGCGGCCGCUCGUUCCCGACGUUCCAGGCGCUGGGUGGCCACCGGACCAGCCACCUGCGCGGACGCCACGGGCUCGCGCUCGCCCUCACCACCGGCGAUCACUACUACUCCGUCAAGCCCAAGAGUACUACGGAUCAGAAGCAGGAGCACCGGUGCAACAUCUGCGGCCAAGAGUUCGAGACUGGGCAGGCGCUCGGCGGACACAUGCGCCGGCACCGUGACGAGGCGCCGCCCGUUCUGCUCGAACUGUUUGUCUAGACUGAUUUGGGUAGUUCUUCUAGUGCAGAGUUCCCGGCAUGCGUAUGCGUGCACACUCGUAGACGUACUUAGAUGUGAGCCAUUGGUUGGUUCAUUCCUUUAUAUGUGUACAUAUAAUGAUAUAAAUUAAGUAUGAUGACU